AUGUCCACACAGCCGGUCCAAUAUUUGGACCCAGAGACCGAGGAUGUAUGCAAAAGAUGUGGUGAGAAAAAAGCUGUUUUGAUUUCUAGAAGAGAUCUUUUCUGCGCAGGCUGCUUCGUCUGGUUCAUGCGUGGUAAGCAGCGGAAGCUGAUGCUCAACGAGAGAUACAAGGUGAAGUACGGGGCUGUUGCAGAAAGGCUAGGUACUCAAAAAGUGCUUCUUCCGGUUUCUUUUGGUGCCUCUUCGUUGGUGCUUUUAGAUAUGGUCGCCUCGCUUCUUCAGGAACAGAACCUAGGACAUAAUGGAAAACAGGGUUUUGAUUUGGUCGUGUUGCACAUUCUCGAGAAGAAGGGACCAAGCAGAGAAGAGGCUGAGCAGAGUCUAAAGAGGAUUUCUGAGAGUUUCAAGCCUGUGCAUAUUGAAGUCGUCGUCGUGGAUCCCAAUACUUUUCUUCUAGACAAAACCUCGCUUCAGCGGAUUCAAGUCAGUGCAGAGUUCCAAGUCAUACACCACAUCCAAGAACUUGAUCAAAGCACUACUGUCCAGCUGCUUUUAGAUGCUUGUGCGUCAAACUCUCUGCGAGACGACCUUUUGCAGCUAGUAUAUCACGACCUAAUAAGGCAGACUUCUGUAUCCCAGGGCUGUCAAACCAUCAUUUUGGGCCACAGUAUGACCAGGCUUGCCAGUGAAGUGCUAUCGUUUGCUGUCAAGGGCCGUGGGUCAGAAAUUCACCAUGCCAUAGCCGAUCGGUCGAUUUCUCACGGCGUCAACGAGAUUCAUAUCUUGUUUCCACUUCGUGACAUUCUUUUUGCCGAAGUCAAGGCUAUCCUAGACUUGACUGAGGGUCUAGAGAAGUUUUUGGUGCAAAACACCACUACUGCGUCUUUGGUCAAAAACAUGACAGUCCAGGCACUUUCAACAAAGUACUUCGAGGACCUUGGGCUCAACGGAUAUGCAUCCACAGCCUCAACUGUGGUCAAGACAGCAGAGAAGCUCGGUGCGCCUAAAAGAGAGAUAACCGGCCAGUGUCGUAUUUGUCUGGCAGACAUAUACACCAACCCAAAGCAAUGGCUUCGGUCUAUCACAGUUAAGGCUGCUGCUCCUCUUGAAACCGAUCUUGAGAGAGAGUUGGCUGAAGAAUACGCUAAUGUCAUUGGGUGUUCCGACUUGGAAGGCGAAAAGCUAGAAGUAUGUUAUGGUUGCACGGUAACGUUACUAGGAGCAGGUGACAAGUUUGCAUGGCCAACAAGGGCUACGAAGGAUGAGAUUUUGGACGAGUUCGUCUUGACUGACGAGGAGUAG